UUUUAAACAAAACGUAUUCACCCGCCACGUAAUGGGGAGGUGGAAUAUUAAUGACGUGGACCAAUAGAUUUUAAGAUUGGAAUUAAUUACUGUGAGCACUGCCGUAUGGGAUCCUUGGAGUCUCCAUCCUUGCUACCUUGGUGGCAAAGUAUCAGAGGGAGUGGGAAGGGAACAGUUCAUCGCUUUGUAUAACUGAAAGGGUCUCUCAAUUUCUUCUUCUUUUUUCUUUCCAUUAUGAUUUUUCUCUCUGUUUUUCCGUUCGAUACUGUUUUAAUCUCGUAGUUUCAGCGAUUUUCCGGUAGGGGAAUUCUUACUGCGAAUUCGUUCUUCGUUUUUUUUUUUUUUCCGUUUCAAUGGCGGUCGGGGACCUUCAGGUACAGGGCACUGGGAAGAAGAGGAAGCGCGGAAUUGAGAGAAGGCUUCUUGUUGAUGAAAAUGUAGAGGUGAGGAGUUUAGAAGACGGAUUUCUUGGUUCUUGGCAUGGUGGGACUGUUAUUGCAUGUAACAAUGGAGUUCGUCACGUCAAGUACCAUCAUCUUCUUCUUAAUGAUGGUUCUGGUUUCCUUGUUGAUGUUGUUUCGAUCUCUGCCAGUUUAGAUGGUGUUAGUUCCUUGAUUGGGAAGUCGAAUGUUCGAGGAUAUAUAAGGCCAAUACCACCUACGGUUGACUUUGGAAAGUGGCCUUUGCCUUAUGGACUGUGUGUUGAUGUGUAUUAUCAGGAUGCAUGGUGGGAAGGUGUUGUAUUUGAUCACGAAGAUGGUUCUGUGGAGAGAAGGAUUUUCUUUCCGGAUUUGGGUGAUGAGUUGUUGGUUGGAAUUGAAACAUUGCGUAUUACCCAGGAAUGGGAUGAGGCUACUGGAGAUUGGAAGAUACGUGGGAACUGGUCGUUUCUGGAGUUAAUCGAUCGAUGUGAAAAAGAAUCUUAUCUUCCUGUUUCUUUGAAGCAGAUAUGGUAUGAAGUACGGGCGAAAGUUGGUUUCAUGAAGAUUGGAGAGUGGACCUCUCCUAUGAAUGAUUUAUGGAAGGAGUUGGUGAUGGAGGUCAUUGAUGAAAAUUUAGAUGUUACUCUAAAGGAAAUGCUUCGGCUUUUAGAAAUUUCCUACAGUUUAGGAAGUGAACUAGGUAAAACUGAUGUUUGUAUCAACAAGAAUCCAUUGACCGAUUUAGUUGGCUUUGAUGCAACUGCAAUAACAGGAGAAUUUGUAAGAAAUGAUAUGGUGAUUAAUGAUUUCAAUCAGGAAAAUGCAUUUGAUGACCGUGGUUUGGUAAUGGUAGAAGUGCACGACCACGAUGGCUUGAAUGCUUUACUGGAUUCUGGUCCAAAUUCUACUAAUAUUCAUCUAGCUCAAGAAGAAUCAAAACUGGAUUAUAAGUCCAAAAUGAAAACUUCGAAUGAUUUAGGUUUUUCCUGCCAUGAUGAAGCGUUGUCCAUGCUGCCUAAAACAUCGCCAUCCAUAGCUUCUGAUGCUGAUGGACUUUUUGGUGCUGGUGCCAUUAACCAUCAACGACUUCCAAUUGUCCUGUAUCAAAAUGUUAAUAAACAGCUGAAAUGCUCAGGACAUGGAAACCCCCUCAAGUGGGAACCUCUUAAUGCUACAACCCUUCCUGAUGCUGCAUUAUACCCUGAUGCUGUUUCUGAAUAUUCACUUUUGAAUAGAGAAAAACCUACACAAGCCUUGCUCGAAAAUGCAAGGAAACAUCUUUUAUAUCUUGGCUGGAAAAUUGAAUGUAGGACAGAUAAGCCUAUUUUUAGAUAUACCUCCCCCAAUGGCAAGUGUUUCUAUUCGCUUCGCCAGGUGUGCAAGCUCUUGGAAGAAACCUCCGCUCAGAUCCCUCCAUCUAUUUCCAAAGAUGAAAUGAGAAAUAUGCAUGACUCAUGUCAUGUGAGACUCUCAUCUAGGGUCCUUGAACAAAGAGAAAGGAGUUCAAGUCCCAACAAUUGCUUUGAGACAACUCUUGAUGGUUCUGAUAUCGUUUUAGGAAAACCUGAACUUUUGCAUAGAGCCGUUGUGGACUACUAUAAUUUGAGUCGGUUAGGCAGAAAUGGCAGAAAUGGAAGGAAGAAAAUGUUUGAAAUGCAAUCAAAGACAAGAAUGCACCUAUUAUCUUUGGGAUGGCGUUUUCUUGUCAACAAUAAAGGUAAAGGAAACAGGCAAAGAUGGUACUACACUUCACCUCUAGGCCGAUCUUGUGCGUCACUUUCAGCAGCCUGCAAAAUCUGUUUAGAUGAAGAAGGCAUCUACAGUAAUACCAAGUUUGUUGGUAGUCCUUUGAGAAAUGUAUUCAUAAUACAGAAGGCUGAGGGCCAAUUAGUUAGGAAUGAAUUUUACUCUCCAGCAAGUAAUAUGGAUGUACAGGAAUGCUCAAAGCCUUCAAGUCCAAUCAGAACAUUUUCUGGAGAGUCUCCUAGAACAUCUCCAUCCAAAGAUCUUGUGAAGUUUAGUCAUGAUAAAUUUCGAAGUACUAGAAAACUCAGGAGCAUGGCUAAUUUAUUUGAUUUUUCAUCUAACUUACUCCAAAGCCGUCAUAAAUUGGAUGGUAAAGCCUAUGAAUCAGGCAUCCAAACCCUACGCAAAAAGUAUGUGAGGCGGCGCAUAAGGAGUCCUGGAGCAGUUAAGCAAAACUUAAGCAGAGCAAGUGCAUCUGCAGGUAUCAAUAAAUUUUCAGAUGACAUGGAACAUAGUAGGUCAAUGCGUGUGUCACGCUCAAGCAAAAGAGCGCUUGAGGUGGUCACUCCAUGCGCUUCACACCACAACCCUAGAACUGUACUCUCCUGGUUGAUAGACAACAAUAUGGUCUUGCCAAGGACAAAGGUUUAUUACUGUAGAGGUAAGGAUCGUCAACCAAUGGCUGAAGGAAGGAUAUCUCGUGGUGGAAUCAAAUGUUGCUGCUGUCAAAAGGUAUUUACUAUCAAUGGUUUUGGAAUCCACGCUGGCAGCACUUCAUCCCGGUCAGCUGCAAAUAUACUGUUCGAAGAUGGAAAAUCUUUGUUAGAAUGCCAGAAACUGUGCAAUAAAAAGAUCAGGGACUUUCAAAGAGAAACACUUGAUUGUGGGAGAGAUGGUUUUUCUAAAGGUGAGAAUGACUAUAUCUGUUCAAUUUGUCAAUUUGGAGGCACAUUAAUUUUAUGUGAUCAGUGUCCAUCUUCAUUCCACCAAAGCUGCCUUGGUUUGAAGAAGGUGAUUGGUUUUGUCCAUCGUGUUGCUGUGGUAUUUGUGGCGAGAAUGAAUUUUAUGAACACAACAAUGUUGUUGACAACCCUUUCCUCACUUGUUGUCAGUGUGAACGUAAAUUUUCUUUGUGCAGAUCAUGUUGAAUGCUUAGGAAUCAAGGGGACUCAAAACUUUGGAAGCUAUUCUAAAACUUAUUGGUUUUGUAACAAACAUUGUAAAGAGAUACAUUUGGGCCUCCAAAAGCUUUUAGGAAAAUCGAUCCAAGUUGGUGGUGACAAUCUAACCUGGUCACUACUGAAGGCCACAAAUUCUGAUACUCAUCAUUUCAAUCCUCUUCAUCCCGAGACUGUAACAGAAAAUCAGAGCAAGCUUAAUGUUGCUCUCUCCGUGAUGCAUGAAUGUUUUGAACCUGUUAGGGACCAUCAUACGAGAAGAGACAUUGUAGAGGAUGUCAUUUUUAGCAGAAGGUCAGAGCUUAAGCGGUUGAACUUUCAAGGUUUCUAUACUGUGCUCUUAGAAAGAAAUGAUGAAUUAGUCAGUGUUGCUGCUGUAAGGGUCUAUGGAGAGAGAGUGGCAGAAGUACCACUUGUUGGCACACGUUUUCAUUAUCGUCGUCUCGGCAUGUGUCGUAUUUUGAUGAAUGAGCUUGAAGAGAGGCUGAGAGAACUGGGAGUUCAGAGGCUGGUCUUGCCAGCUGUUUCUAGUGUGCUCAAUGCAUGGACUACGUCAUUUGGAUUUUCAAAGAUGAAUGAUUCCGAGAGAUUAGAGUUUCUUAAUUUUACUUUCCUGGAUUUCCAGGAAACUACAAUGUGUCAGAAAUUCUUGAUCAAGGAUACAGUUGUGCCUAGCUCAUUAGCAGGGAAGUCUGAACUUCACGAUGAUGGCAACAAAAACAGCAAUAGUUCUGAUAAUAUUUGUGGAUCAAGUGCAAUAACCGAACUUCAUCCAGCAGCACAAGCUGAGGAGAGCAGUAUCUUGAGUCAAGGACAACUGGGAAUAUCUGCAGGUAACAACAGUGAUAGAAGCCCCAAUUCGGAGGGGAUGUUGAAGAAUCAUCUUCAAAUCAAUACAAGCCACAUUGAGAAAUUUCCCACAUGCUUGGCUGGAGGCUACAAACAUUGUGAAGGUCUCCAAGAGAGUACUCAUGAUUAUUUGAAGUACUACAGGCGGAGAAGCAAGUUGAUCAGUUGUUGAUUAGACGGUGCUCUGAACGACACGACGGUGAUUAGAAACGUGCAUAACCCGUUUUCUAGAAUUAAUUAACAACUUGGAAUUUUGGCAGGAGUGGUUUAGUGUUUAGUUUCUGUUCUCUUGUACAGAAUCAGGCUUAGGAAAGCUUGUUUGAAUGGUUAGUUUUCUACGAUUGGGUGUUUGUAAAUAUUGAUGCAUGCCUGGUCUCUGCUUUAUCAGAUUGAACUUAAUAAUAGGUUGGGGCUGAUAUAUAAAAUGGUGUAAGCCAUGUGGAGAAACAGAUAUUUUGAAGGGAAAACCAUGAAUCAAAUUUUGUUUGUA